AUGCUGUUGCUUCUUUCUGGUACCUGGGCCUGUGCCAGCGCUCUAGCUGGUGCAUGUACUAGUGAUGGAGGUGGUGCUGGUGCCGGUUCAGGUGCCUGUGCUGUUGCAUUUAAUGAUGCUGGAGCUUGUUCCUGUCCAGGCGCUUGUGCCUGUCCUGGUGCUCGUGCUGGUUGUGUUGCUGGUACUGGUGGUGGUGCUGCUGCUUGUGCUGGACCCGCUUCUUGUUCUGAUCCUGGUCCUGGUCCUGGUCUUGGUCCUGGUUCUGGUCCUGGUCCUUGUCCUGGUCCUGGUCCUGGUCCUGGUCCUGGUCCUGGUCCUGGCCUUGGUCCUGGUGCUGGUGCUGGUGCUGGUGCUGCUGCUGGUGCUGGUGCUGGUCUUUGUGCUGGAGCUGGGACUGGUGCUGGUGCCUGUGCGGUUGCUUUUGCUGAUGGUGGCAAUUGGGACUGUCCUGGUGCUGGUGCUGGUGCUGCUGAUGGUGCUGGUGCUGGUGCUUAUACUAGACCCGGUGCUUGUGCUGUUGCUAGUGCUGGUGCCUGUGCUGAUGGUGAUGUCUAUGCUGGUUCUGGUGCUUGUUCCUGUGCUUCUGCCUAUACUAGUGCUGGUGUUUGUGCUGGACCUGGUGCUUCUGUUGGUUCUGACGCUGGAGCGGGUGAUAGUGCUGGUGCUUGUGUUGGUGUUGAUGCUGGCGCUGGUGCUUGUGCUUCUACCUGUCUUGGUGCCUGGGCUGGUGGCGGCGCUUGUUCUGGUGCCUGUACUAGUAAAAGAGCUGGAGCUGGUGCUGUUGCUGGUUCUGGUCCUGGUGCUGGUGGUGCUGGUGCUAGUGCCUGUGCCGUUGCUUGUGCUUGUGCUGGUGUUUGUGCUGGUGCUGGUGCCUGUGCUGAUGGUGGUGUUGAUGCUGGUUCUGGUGCUUGUGCCUGUGCUUUUGCCUAUACUACUGCUGGUGUUUGUGCUGGACCUGGUGCUUAUGUUGGUUCUGACGCUGGAGCGGGUGAUAGUGCUGGUGCUUGUGUUGGUGCUGAUGCUGGUGCUGGUGCUUGUGCUUCUACCUGUCUUGGUGCUCAGGCUGGUCCUGGUCCUGGUGCUGGUUCUGGUGCUGGUGCUGGUACUGGCGGUGCUGGUGCUGGUGGUGGUGCUGGUGCUUGUGCUAGUUUUGGUCCUGGUGCUGGUGCUGGCGCUUGUGCCUGUCCUGGUGCUUAG